AUGACUGGUGGCCGCAAUACCAAGUCUUCAGGCCCCGUGCCUCCGUCGCGGACGCUCGUACUCGACAAUGGCGCGUCUACCAUCAAAGCCGGCUUCGUUUCCGACGAACACACCGAUGAGCCCCGAGUAAUCCCAAACUGCAUCGCCAGAGAUAGGGCGAGGAAGGUCUACGUCGCAUCUGACCUCGACAAGUGCCGCGACUUUGGCGAAAUUCAAUUCCGGAGGCCAGUUGAAAAGGGGUACAUUGUCAACUGGGAAGCCCAGAAGGAGAUUUGGGACCACGAGUUCUUCGACGACAAGGCGGCGCAAAAGUGCGACCCCUCCGAAACCAGACUGCUCCUGGCAGAACAGCCCAACUCGCUGCCCACUUUACAGGCCAAUUGUGACCAGAUCAUCUUUGAGGAAUAUCAGUUUGCCAGUUAUUCUCGUGGCAUUGGGGCCUCAUUCAAUGCGUACCACGACAUUCAAGGUAUUCUCCAGACCCCUCGAGACCCGAAUUCAGUGCCCCAGAUUCCGGCCGAGGCUGUGCUGCUCAUCGACUCUGGAUACUCCAAUACUAUCGUCAUGCCUCUCCUCAAUGGCAAGCCUCUGCAUUCCGCUGUUCGCAGGCUUGACGUCGGUGGGAAGCUCAUGACGAACUACCUGACGCGCUUACUUUCCCUACGAUACUACGACAUGCGAAACGACACAUAUAUCGUCAACGAGAUCAAGGAACAGGCUAGCUAUGUUUCACUCGACUUCAAUGGGGAUCUCGAGAAGACUUGGAAGGGCACGAGGGGCGAGAAGAGGGAACCGUAUGUGACGGGAGCCGGCAUUGCCAAGGACUACGUCCUGCCCGACUUCCACACCAAGACAAAGGGCGUCGUUCGAGACUACGACCCUGCUAUGCAUACAAAAGCAAGGAAGAUGGCAGCGCGCGCCGCUGACAACGACGAAGACAUACUCACGCUCCGAAACGAACGCUUUUCAGUUCCCGAACUGCUCUUCCAGCCUUCUGACAUUGGGCUCCGACAACCUGGGCUCGCGGAUGUCAUUAUGCAGUCUCUUUCCGAGUUGCCAAUUGGUCUUUGGCCCGGGCUCUUGGCUAAUAUCGUGGUCGUUGGCGGCAACGCCCUGUUUCCCGGCUUUAUCCAGCGACUGGAGAAGGAGCUUGUCAAGAGGGUUCCCGACGCCUGUAUCGUGAGAGUAGCUCAUCCCGUCGACCCUAUCACGAGUACCUGGCACGGCGGUGCCAAACUGGCCAAACAUUGCGACAUUCACAAGUUGUCUGCAACCAAAGAAGAGUAUGAAGAGUACGGCGCUGCAUGGGUUGCCCGCAAGUUCAGUUCUGGAAACACUGGUGUCUGA